AUGUACGCGCCAGAGCAGUUUAUGAAUCCCGGGCCAGCCCCCCGGCCCCCUACCGAACGACCCCCAAAAUUGACUCUGCCCACCAACAGUACAACCACUUCCUUCGGUCAGAUGAGCUUAGACUCUCCGAUGACACCGGGCGCAUCGCCGGCAAAUCUUUCGCUUUUCCCCAACACCAGCAGCCCUUCGCUGGCUAUGACUCGUAGUAAUACCGGCCAAAAUGGAAUCUCGAUCAUCAAGGAAGGCACCGUCCGCUGCAAAGAGGACAAAUUCUUGGCAACGUGGAAUACACGUUACUUGAUCCUACGUGAAUAUAAGCUCGAAUUUUUAAAGAGUGAUUCUGGUAAGGUGGUGAUUACCUUCCCUUUGUCCGCGGUCACCGCCGUCGCUCGCUCCGAGGAUUCCAAGAUGGCCUUCGAAGUCACACGCUUGGCCAACCCAAAGGAUGCCAACUCGAAACCCGCGCUUCUUGCCCGCGACUUACCUACCAAGACCAUUACCUGCGAAGUCAAAUCCGACGAUGAAAUCUAUGAGUGGAUCGACAAGAUCUACGAGCGCUGCCCUGGCAUGGGCGGCGUCAGCAAUCCGACAAACUUCAGUCACCGUGUUCACGUCGGCUUCGACCCAAAUACCGGCGCUUUUGUAGGCUUGCCUCCAGAGUGGGAGAAGCUUUUGACCUCCUCGGCUAUCACGAAGGAAGACUACAAGAAGAACCCCCAGGCUGUCAUCGAGGUUCUUGAAUUCUACUCGGAUAUCAAGAUGCGCGAGCAGAACCCGCAAUACUUUGCUGGAACUAACACCCCGCCCGAUAGACCUAUGCAGCGCCUGGAUAGCAGUCAGUCGAGCCCAUCUGAUGGUUCUAUGCGCUCUGCGUCAUCCUCGGCUGGACAGGCGGACCGUGCGGCAGACCAGCAGCAAGGUGACCAGAUGAAGGAAGUGACUGACCAAGAGCGUCGCCGCAUGGAGGAGGAGCGUCGCAACAAAGAGGAGCAAGAUGCUUACAACGCAUCCAUCCCGCAGACCCGUCCUACUAUGGCUCAACAGGAGCUUGGUGGAUAUGGUGGCGAUGAGUCGUCACAGAAUAGCCGCUAUCAACCGAGCCGCCCGGCCCCUCAGGCUCCAGGCUCUGGUGCUCGCCAGCAAGACCCCCGUCAGCUCACCGCACAGCGUCCCGCACCAGCGCCGCCAUCCCAAAGUCCCUACGGCCAAAGUGCGACCCGAGCACCGGGUGCUGCCCAAACGGAUGAACACCAGGCCUCUUCAAACUCUCGCCAACUUCCCAGCGACGCUCGGGCCCCAGGUUCCGCCAAUCGCCCUCAGCAAAACGGCUCCAAAGGACAGGCCGGACCCCCUCCGACACGCUUGCCGGCCCCUGUUCAAGCUGUGAAGCCGUUGAAAAUUGCCAACAAGCAAAACGGGACCAAGCAGACCGUCCCCGAUGGUGUUCGCCAAGCCGAAGCUGCUCUCACCAAGAAGGCAGAUCAGCCGCGCCAGAAGGAGGUGCGCAUGUCAGCGAUGUCAGAGAACGAGGUUAUGGAGCGACUGAGGUCUGUCGUAUCCAAGGACAAUCCGAACGAGUCUUACAGCAAGCAGCGCAAGAUUGGUCAGGGUGCAUCUGGAUCCGUGUAUGUGGCGCGAGUUAAGGAAAACGCACCUUCCGGUGUUGCCAGCGAGCUUUACAGGACGUAUGGCCCACGCUGCCAGGUGGCCAUCAAGCAGAUGGACCUGCGCAGCCAGCCCCGCAAGGAGUUGAUCGUCAACGAGAUUAUUGUCAUGAAGGACAGCCAGCACCCGAAUAUUGUCAAUUUCCUCGAUUCAUUCUUGCCGGAAUCAAGCAAUGAACUCUGGGUUGUCAUGGAAUUCAUGGAGGGCGGUGCGUUGACUGAUGUGAUUGAUAAUAACCCAGUGAUUACUGAAGGUCAGAUCGCGACCAUUUGUGCUGAAACUUGCAGGGGUCUGGCCCAUCUGCACAACCAGAGCAUCAUCCACCGUGAUAUCAAGAGUGACAACGUUCUCCUCGACCGUGUUGGCCACGUCAAGAUCACCGAUUUCGGCUUCUGUGCCAAGCUGACCGAACACAAGAACAAGCGCGCCACGAUGGUUGGCACUCCCUACUGGAUGGCACCCGAGGUGGUCAAGCAGAAGGAGUAUGGCCCGAAGGUCGACUGCUGGUCGCUGGGCAUCAUGGCCAUUGAAAUGAUUGAGUCGGAACCCCCCUACCUGAACGAAGAGCCCCUGAAGGCCCUCUAUCUUAUUGCUACCAACGGAACCCCCCGUCUCAAAAAGCCCGAGAAGCUCAGCAAGGAACUCAAGUCUUUCCUGAGCGUAUGCCUUUGCGUCAAUGUCCAAAGCCGCGCUUCCGCUGAUGAGCUCCUCGCCCACGAAUUCCUGCAGACCGGAUGCAGUCUGGCUAGUCUGGCUGAGCUGCUCCGCUGGAAAAAGGCUACUAGCUAG